AUGGGCGUGGAUCGCGGCAGUUACGGUCCUUUCAGUGGUCGUAAAUCCGUUCGCGUCACAUCUCCCAAAGCCUUCAAUCGAGGUCUGAUAGUCGCGGAUAUUUCCCACAUGCCCUCUGGAGCUUGCGGAGUGUGGCCAGCGUUCUGGAUGUUUGGACCUGACUGGCCCAGCUCCGGAGAGAUCGACAUUAUAGAAGGCGUCAACUACCAAGAGACGAAUAUAGUCACUCUCCAUACGUCUCCCGGUUGUUCAGUGACCCUGUCUGGCAGCGGAAGUUACUUUUCAGCGCUGCGUAAAGAUUGCAGCAUUGCCGGUGCUGGGUGCGGUAUGCAGCCAACCGACUGUCAAACAUACGGGGACGGGUUCAACAACAUCAACGGUGGAGUCUAUGCCAUGGAGUGGACAUCGGAGAGCAUCUCGGUCUGGUUCUUCCCUCGACAUGAUAUCCCUAUGGACGUAACGUCACGUCUUCCUGAACCUCGGACCUGGGGUGAUCCUCUUGCAAAAUUUCAAGGCGGCGACGGCUGCAACAUUGACUCUCACUUCAGCAACAACCAGAUUGUCUUCGAUAUAACGUUCUGUAGCGAUUGGGCUGGCAGUCCGCUGGUGUGGAGCUCGAAUCCAAGGUGCUCGGCUUCUGGCCUCUCGUGCCAUGCUUAUGUGGCCAACAACCCGACGGACUAUACCGACGCCUACUGGCUGGUUAAUUCGGUUAAUGUGUACAAGAAACGAGGGGACGUCGAACCAGAGCAUUCUGUUCUUCCUUCCAGCGUCGCUUUUGGGCCACAGCCAUAG